CACCAGCCUGAGAGAUGAUGGUCUGAGUGCAAGCAGAGCCUCCCGGUGGGAUACAGAUGGGGGUGUUGGUCCAGAUGUCAUUGCAGGAGGUGUAGGUCGACACGCAAGUUGGCUGGGGAGGAGCGGAGCUCGUCGUCGAGCUCGUGGGGGGAGUGCCACCAGGAGGAAUGCACUACUAGUCAUUAGCAAGAGUAUUUACAUGUGUUGUAGAGGACUCACAAUCGAAGUGUUGACCCAAAUGUCAUUGCAGUUCAAGAAAGUGUUUGCAUUGAGGAUGGCAGUAGCGCUCAAACCGUAUUUGGAGCCGAUAGACUGGCAAGUGUCACCAGAGACCGAGGUGUACCUGCUGACGCAAGAGGGAGCAGGGGUCGAAGAGGUGGUAGAGGUGGUGGAGCUAGGGGGAGUUCCGCCAGGAGGAAUGCACUAUGAUCAUCGAGUUCAUUCAGUAAUGAGUGCCGACCCAGAUGUCGUUGCAGUUGAGGAAGGUGUUGGCGUUAAGGAUAGCCUGACCACUCAGACCAUACUUGGUACCAAUAGACUGGCAAGUAUCUCCAGCGACCGAGGUAUACCUGCUGGCGCAAGGAGAGAAAAGGUGAGCCCAAGUUGGAACCGUCUCGAGAACACUUACAAUUGGAGUUCCGACCCAGAUAUCGUUGCAGUUCAAGAAAGAGUUGGCGUUAAGAAUAGCCUGAGCGCUCAAUCCAUACUUGGUACCAAUGCUCUGGCACGUAUCACCAGCAACAGAGUAAUAAGUAGUACGGCACCCUCCACCAUUAUUCGGGGGAGUACCAGGGGACCAAGGACCGUAGCAAUCCCAAGUCGAGUCCCUAUUUCCAUAUCCACCAACAUACUCGUACGCGGGGAAGUUAUUACCGAGGCACUGCUCGACGGUGGCGAGACGGAUGCCAGCUUGGUUGAGGCGGGUGACGGUGCCCAUGCGGAGAGCGUCGAUUCCGGCUUGUUGGGUCUCGUGGGAAAGAGCCAUGUGUGGGUGGCCGGGUCCUUGUUGGGCAAAGCCGUUGUACAUGUUGUAGGAUUGUUGGGCGCUGCCGCCGGUCGAGUCGCCAGAGUCAUCAGACCAGAGGACAAUGGUCUUGCCGUACUGAGGAAUUGUCAGUAUGUUGAUCGAAGCAAGAACAUACCGAAGGAACUUGGGCCUGACACCGAGAAUCUUGACAAAGGCCUCGUCCAAGCGUUGGAUCUC